GCGGGGGCGCGCGACUGCGUUGAAGGUGCGCGGGCAGGCUGAGGCCAGCGCCCGGGUUUUGCGGGUGAGGCCCACGUGAGGCCGGCAGGCCCGGGAGUGACGACGACCCCCGCCUGUGGUCAGCCAGCACCCGAUGGGUUACGGCUUGAGAUGGGGCGGAACCCCAACUGCGUGGGUAUAUGGAUUCGACCAGGGUCCUGAAAGCCUGGAGGAGACAUGGGUACAAUACGACUGAGACCCAGGCCCUCGUAGUCCGGGCUGAGGGGCUGUGGAAGUGACAAACAAGACUAACCGAGAUGAGGGCGGGAACGUGAGGGACGCGUGUAGUGCCUCACAUUCUCCUUCACAGGGAGCAAAAACUGUUGCUUCUCCGAAAAGAAGUCAUUUUUCUUCUGGGUCACCUGUCGCUUUUCCCCUCAACCUGCCUAGGCAUCUCGGGAAGGUAGGUUUCAUCAGUCUCCUUGAAACCGGCCUUAUUGGGUGACCUCGUGGUUGCCUCCUUGGAUCCCAGAGCUGGAGGAUGGGGGUCCCCGGGAGACCUCGCAGCCCGCCACUGCCCUCCCACCUACACAGUAAGGCAGUUAAUAGUGACCUGAGCAGCCUGAAUCAAGCACGACUUACGUUUUUUAAAUGUAUUCAAACUUAAUCAGAGAAGUGGCUUCGAUUUGUAGUAUGAAUAAUUAGACUUAUUUAAAGGUUGAAAUUUUUGAGGUUUUGGCUUAAUGUAAUCAUGGUUUUCAACUUACUCAGAUUUGUGACUUUUUGUGACCUUGACCUCAACUUUUGAAACCAUUUUGAACUUGGCUCCCACUUUACUUACUUGGUGUUUAAUUCCGUCCUAAACACUCAUGGAUGUGUAUUUAAGGAAGUUCUUCCAGCUAGUGGUUUCUGUAUUACAGAGUCUGUUGCAAGUGUACUGAGUAAAACGAGAUUCAGAGAUUUCAUCCUGGUACUUACAUCCUAGAUUGGCAGUCAAUAGUAAUUGUCAGUAGAGAAACCACUGAUUGCUUUCUGUUGGAUUUUUACAUGGAGGGAAAAGGUAAUAAAUUGAGUGUUUCAUUUUUAGAUUUAAAAAUGGGUGAUGUUGAGAAGGGCAAGAAGAUUUUUGUUCAGAAGUGUGCCCAGUGCCAUACCGUGGAAAAGGGAGGCAAGCACAAGACUGGGCCAAAUCUGCAUGGUUUAUUUGGCCGAAAGACAGGUCAGGCCCCUGGAUUUUCUUACACCGAUGCCAACAAGAAUAAAGGCAUCACCUGGGGAGAGGAGACACUGAUGGAGUAUUUGGAGAAUCCCAAGAAGUACAUCCCUGGGACAAAAAUGAUCUUCGCUGGCAUUAAGAAGACAGGGGAAAGAGCAGACUUGAUAGCUUAUCUCAAAAAAGCUACUAAGGAGUAAUAGUUGGCCAUUGCCUUAUUUAUUGCAAAACAAAAAUGUUUCAUGACUUUUUUUAUGUGUCCAAUUGAUCUCAUACACCAGAAUUCAGAUCAUGAAUGGCUGAUAGAAUAUUUCUUUUGGACAGUCCUGAUUUAAAUAAGGUUGGCUUGUGGUUAAAUGAAUAUGAUCAGCUUUUUGAACUUUGAUGGUAAUUCUGGUUUAGCAAGUGUUGUCAGUUUUCCCCUUUUAAAAAUAUGAUCGGAAUUGAUUAGUAAUGUUCAGCUUUUCACAGAGGUGGUAAAUGCCAUCUUUAGACUUACAGGAGAUUGGUUUUAUAUUUAGAUUUAUAUAACUGGUUAUAUUAAUAUAUUUAAAUACUGAGGAAAUCCCUUCACUGUCUCAGAACCAGCAAGACUGAGCUGUGUUUCAGGUUGUGUUCAUUAGCCUGUUAAAGGCAAGGGUUGAAGAUAAGCUGUCAGUGUCCACUUUUUUUUUUCUUAACUAUCCAAUUUAAUUAAAAUUUCCUGCAUCUAAAAUGUUGCCUUUUGCUUAAUGAAAGGCAUUUUAGUGUGGUUUAUGUAUAAUAUUAAAUAAAGAGUAUUUAAUACUUCUCAUUUGAUAGAUCUAAGGUCAGAUGCUUUUAAAAUUCAGUGUGAGAGGAUAUAGCAGCAUACAUGGAUUGUGAAUUAUCCACUAAAUCAGACUAAGUUAUAAUUCAGGAUUGUCUUCUAAACAGCUAUUCAGAGACACAACUGUGGAAGUACCACAUAUGUAUGAUUGGUAAUGGUCCUUUUGCUAACUUGUUAGAAGGGUUAAAAUAGAGGAGAUAUAUCAUCAGCACAAAUUUGUAAAUUAUAUGAUAAGGCUCAAGAUAAUUAAAAACAAAAUCACAAAUCA